AUGGUGAGGUCCCUCAGUGCUCUUUCUCCCGCGCCUUCUUCUCUGGGAGUCGUCGCGAACGAUGCACGAAAGGCUAAAUCACAGCCGUCACACACCAACCUCGACUGGCACAUCGAUAUCCCCGUCUUAGCACCAGUGGUACAGAGCACAUACCGGCCCCUGAACGAAGUUCCAAUCAACUACCAAGGCCAGCAACUUUUUCAGCUGGACGAAAUCAUUGGGGAGCACGAGAUCGACCAUGUUCUUUACUAUUACGCGCGUUGGAAGCGUGGCUUUGCGUCCAGAUUCCCUGCAGAGGGUUUGCGGGAACAGCUUCCGGAGGUAGUCGCAUCCUAUUUGAAACGCAAAAGACGCGGGGAAUUUGAGGACUUCGAUCCUUCAGGCAAGGAUGUGCACCCCACAUCUCGUCUACGAAAGGAAGUCACAGUCAAUAAACGCAAGAGUUCUACUGCCUAUAGCAUGAUCUCAGGUAGUUCAUCCCGCAGCAAACUGGAUGAAGCUUCGAGCGAGGAUGUUGAAGACAGUGACGACGAAUAUGAGCGGAGCUUGCGGCCAUCUCGUAGAAUCCUUCGAACAAGGGCAGUGAAGGCGCUCCCCUUCAGCCCUCGCAAGACGAGAGCGCAAGAUACUACACACGGCUCGAGCAUCGACAAUGACUGGAAGGGUGAAGAAAGCGAGGAAGAUCAGCCGAAGCGCCGUUCUACACGAACCCGGAAAGUUAGUAGGUUUGAUACAGCGAAUUAUGAGGAUUCCGACGCGAUGGACGUGGACAGCGGCUCCGAAGCACCGCGUUCUUCAAGAUUAAAGAAGAAGCCCAGGCAUGGAAAGGCGUCUCGACCUGCGUACGGUAGUUUCCGUUCUGUGGAAGACCUUGGGUACGACCUCUGCUCCGACGAAGAGACCGCGCCCCUCAGGAGGCAUCGCGACUUCUGUGAGAAAUGUCAUCGCCAGCCAGCUCAUAUCCUCUUGAACAACUUGAAACGGAAGAAGACAAAAGGCAAGCGGAAGAGAAAGGAUGGCGACCUUGAAGAAGAGUCUGGUGAGGAAGAGGAGAAGCUAACGCAUCUUGGAGGAUGGGUGCGGUGUUUGAAGUGUCCCAUCUCUGUUCACUGGCGCUGCCUUUCUAGCGCUCAAAGGGACGAAAUACUGAAAGCUGCUCGGGAACGCGAUCGCGAAGAAUGGCGCAGCAGUCAAGCACACGACGAUAAGAAGCCAGGGUUGGAACCGCAGCAAAUAACAGAAUUUAUAUGUAGUUCAUGCAUGAAAGGGGGCAUCUGCAUGGGCUGCAUGGGCACAGCCCUGGAGCCCGAUCCAAGCUUGAAUAAACCAACCCACGAAGGGACUCAGGCGCAAGACUUAAAGCCGGUUGUUGACGAGGACGUGGCCAUGGAAGACGCGUCAAAAGUCGCAACCAAACCGGUCGAUCAAGGGACUUCCGAUCGCCUCCUCUUCCGAUGCAUCCUUUGCAAGCGACUCGCUCACUAUGAACAUCUUGCCCGACCGCCCGACCUCGAUGCUGACGCGAGUGUCGUGGAAGUCGCGACCUGGUUGCAAGAUGAACAUUGGAGGUGUUCAGACUGCUUGUCGUUCCAGGAUAAAGUAGAGCAUGUCCUUGCUUGGCGACCGUACCCUCCUAACGCAGUGGAGCCCCCUCGUCCUUCUGACGAACCUCCGAAUGCUAAAGCAUCGCUCCCAAGGGAAUAUCUUGUCAAGUGGGUCGAUCGAAGCUACAAACGCGUUCAGUGGGUGCCGCAUAUGUGGCUAGCUUCCACCCACUUCUCCAAGCUCAAAAAUUUCUUGGUUGGUGGCACGAAGGUAGAUCUACUCCAGGAGCCUUUCGGGGUCGGAGAACCUAUUGAGGAAGCUCAGAAGGUGGACGGUCCGUCUGCUCUGAAAAUCCCUGAGGAAUCUCGCGCCUCGUCUUCUAAACCUGGUACCGAGCAACACACCUCAUCUCCUGGAUACCUCGUAAAUGCCGAACAGUAUAUCCCACCUCUUUGGUCGACAGUUGAUCGCGUUCUGGACCUCGUCGUAUGGAGCCCCAUGCACCUUAGGCACGCUCAGAAGUCAGAGGCCAAGAAGUCUCGUCGCCGCCUCGUCAAAUCCAGAGACGAAGAUGAAGAAGACGAAGAAAUGCAUGGCGAAGAGAACGAGGAAUCGCUAAUGGCGUUUAAUGAGGUAUUUAAACAUGGUAACAACCCCCCGGAGAAGGACUCCGAGACGCUUGAAGAGUGGGAGGAGCGGACAGGACAGAUAUUUUCUAUGGAGGACAUCAAGCGUGUCGUCUUUGGUUUCUUUAAGUGGUCAGAUCUAGGCUACGAUGAUGCCACCUGGGACUCGCCGCCUCGUCCUGAAGAUGCUUCUUGGCCGGCUUUUGUGAACGCGGUCAAACGAUUCAUUGCUUCCAGGACCGUGUUCAUUAAGAAAGGCACCAAAUCCGUACUCGAUCGCAAAGGCAAAGGUUGGGAACACAACGGAUAUAUGAAGCAGCACCGGAACGAUGUCAAGACACUCGACAUAGGGCAGGAUCCUUCAUUCAAACUUAUGGAUUUUCAAGUGAACGGGUUCAACUGGUUGUGUAAUAACUGGUGGAAUGGCCAGCACUGCAUUUUGGCUGAUGAAAUGGGUAAAACCGUCCAAAUCGCAAGCUUCCUGGGUCAUAUUAUCGAUAAAUUCGAUGCCUCUCCCGCCCUAGUGGUUGUUCCUAAUUCUACUUUACCAAACUGGGUCCGCGAAUUCGAGCGUUGGGCACCGAACCUCAGAGUUGUCCCUUGGUAUGGGGAAGCGCGUGCUAGGGAUGUCAUCAAGAAGUACGAACUCUUUCACAAAGACGUCAAUACCAGCAGAUACACAGAUGCCAAGUUUCACGUUCUUGUGACUACUUACGAAGCUGUCAUCAGCCCCAAGGAUUUCGGACCCAUUUUCAAGAAGCAACCUCGCUGGGAAGUCUUAAUUGUCGACGAGGGUCAACGAUUGAAAAGCGACGCUAGCCUUCUUUUCCGCAAGUUGUCAGAGUUGAACACGAUACACAGGAUCAUCAUGACGGGAACACCAUUGAAUAACAACAUUCGUGAAUUGUUCAAUCUCAUGAACUUCUUGGAUCCCAUCGAAUGGAACGACCUCGGAGCUCUUGAGAAGGAAUACGCCGAACUGACCGAUGAACUCGUCAAAGAGCUGCACAUAAAACUCCGGCCAUAUUUCCUCCGUCGUAUCAAGAGCGAAGUUCUCGAGCUCCCUCCUAAGAACGAGGUCAUCGUCCCUGUGUCAAUGACGCCCCUGCAGAAGGAGAUUUAUCGAUCCAUAUUGAGUCACAACCUCGAUAUCUUGAAGGGCCUCACGGUCAACGGGCCUUCUGCAGCCGUUUCUGCCAAGAAAAGUAGGCUGACGAAUUUGCUCAUGGAAAUGCGAAAGUGUCUUCAGCAUCCUUAUAUAUACGCGAGCGAUAUCGAACCAACCAACCUCACUCCUCAAGCAACGCACGAGAAAUUGAUCGACGCAAGUGCAAAGUUCCGGCUACUGAAGCAGCUCCUUCCAAAACUUGAAGCCCGGGGCCACCGCAUACUUCUAUUCAGCCAGGCAACCCUUGAUGUCAUUGAAGAUUUCGUGGUUGGUGAAGGGUACAAGUGUCUGAGACUCGACGGCAAUACGAAAUCUCGGGACAGACAGAAGAAUAUGGACGAAUUCAACAAACCCAAUUCAGAAUACUUUAUCUUCCUCCUAUCGACGCGCGCAGGGGGCGUUGGGAUCAACCUAUAUAGUGCAGACACAGUUAUUAUAUUUGACCCAGAUUUCAAUCCUCACCAGGAUCUGCAAGCCAUUGCCCGUUCACAUCGUUUUGGACAACAGAAAACAGUGUUGGUCUUUAAGUUGAUGGUUAAGGACUCGGCGGAAGAGCGCAUCAUGCAAAUGGGCAAGAAGAAACUCGCCCUGGAACAUCUUAUUGUCAAGAAGAUGGAAGACGACGACUCUGCCGGAGAAGACAUACAUUCUAUUCUCACAUAUGGAGCCAGGGCUCUCUUUGAUGACAGCGAAGGAGCUUCCAAGGAUGUCAUAUACUCGGAUGCCGACAUUGACAAACUGAUUGAGCGGACGGAGAAGGAGACUCAGGUAGUUGAAAAGAAACCCGAGGGCGGGCUUUCUUUUGAAUUUGCCAAAAUCUGGUCCGCAGACAAAGACAGCUUGGAAGAGGUCCAGGAAACGGAUGGGAAUGACAAUUCGUGGUCGCUUACUUUGCAGAAGAUAGCAGCUGAACAAGCCUCCGCGCGAGUUGCUGAAAAGGCGUCGGGGCGUGGUGUGCGUCGGAAGGCAACUAAUGUAGCAGGGCCUGAUGCGUAUCGGGAGAAUCCUCCGACCCCCGUGAAGUCGAAGAAGGCAUCCAAGAGUCUGUCCGAUGGUUCAGAUUACGGUGCUGCAAUUUUGUCGAUGUCGUCGUCGUCGUCGGCUUCGGAUGAUGACGAAAUUGAGACCACGUAUGAGGAACCUAAGACAGAAGGCAAGAAACGGAAGGCGAAAACCCGCUCACCAAGACCCUCGGUCUCUCAACCUCAGUAUGUUCCGUAUGCAUCGGGCGACAUGUGUAGUCUCUGCCACACGAAUCACGCAGACAACGGAGGGGAAUGUGGGAUGACAAGAAACUCGCAAGAUCUCGUUGCGUUCCGAUUGGCGUUGAUGACCGAUGACGACGACGAGGAUAUCGAAGUCAGGAGAGCUGCAAUCAAGGCUAUCGACGAAACACUUGCUCGACGGGGCGACGGUCAUCUCCUCUACAGACAACCGCUCUUCCUGCUUGAUAAGCAGCCAGCUCAACACUCAACUGCCAAUUCAUCAUCUACGAGCCACCACCAACCCGUUGUGCCUACAAUAUACUAUGCCGCAAACGCUCCAGCCGCUCCCGUUGCACCACCUAUUCCAACACAUCACACCUCAGUCUUCCCCAGCACUAGCCAGAUAGUAAUGCACAACCCCGAGCUCAGUAGGCCGAAGCCGAAGAAGCACAAGAAACCAUUCCAGUGUCCUGUUUGUGAUCAACAGACAUACCAUCUAGUCAAGGAUUGCCCGAUUGUUAACCUUGGGUCUCGUAGAAUCGCCGUGGAAAUCGCUCGUCUUGACAAGGAUCCCACCAAGGCUGGUGUCGUCGACAUCUUGCGAACUAUAUACGCUAGGUCGGUCAAGAGUGAAAAAGCCCUUGGAAAUCCAUCCACUUAG